CCAGGGCUUUCGCUUUCGCUUCCUCGUCCUGGCCGCGGCCCGCGGGUGCCCACGGCCAUGGCGCUGCUGGAGGUGUGCGGAGUCCCCGGCGCGCGGCGGGCUGGUUGGGAGCUCCUGGGCGCCGACUGCGGGGCUCGCCCGGACCCUGGACACUACAGCUUCUCGCUGCGAUCUCCGGAGUUCGCCGUGCCGCGGGGACUGCAGCCCACAGACUUCCUCCAAUCUCUGAGCGGUAAUGGAGAAAGCAACGUGCAGAUUGAGAUGGCGCAUGGCACCACCACGCUGGCCUUCAAGUUCCAGCAAGGGGUGAUUGUGGCGGUGGAUUCUCGGGCCUCUGCGGGGAAUUACAUCGCCACCUUAAGGGUGAACAAGGUGAUUGAGAUCAACCCUUACCUGCUGGGGACCAUGUCUGGGUGUGCUGCGGACUGUCAGUACUGGGAACGGCUGCUUGCCAAGGAAUGCAGGCUGUACUACCUGCGGAAUGGGGAGCGCAUCUCCGUGUCAGCAGCCUCCAAGCUUCUCUCCAAUAUGAUGUGCCAGUACCGAGGCAUGGGCCUCUCCAUGGGCAGUAUGAUCUGUGGCUGGGACAAGAAGGGUCCCGGACUCUACUAUGUGGAUGAAAAUGGAACUCGGCUCUCAGGAAAUAUGUUUUCCACGGGGAGUGGGAACACCUAUGCCUAUGGGGUCAUGGAUAGCGGCUAUAGGUACGAUCUUAGCCCAGAAGAGGCGUAUGACCUGGGCCGCAGGGCCAUUGUUCACGCUACCCACAGAGACAACUAUUCCGGAGGCGUCGUCAAUAUGUACCACAUGAAGGAAGAUGGUUGGGUGAAAGUGGAAAGUACAGACGUCAGUGAGCUGAUGCACCAGUACCGGGAGGCCUUGCAGUAGCAGCUACUGCGGCUGGGUAGCCCCAUCUGGGAAGGCCUGGCUGGUCAGGGGCCUGGGCCAGAGAAAGGGGCCUCUCCUGAGCCCGGAGAUGGAGACCAGCCACAAUGGGGCCUGGCGUGGUUUACCCUUUUGUGGUUCUCGAUUUCAACAAGCAUUCUCUCACCCUGCCCCCCAACUAUCUGGGUGUUUCAGGAAAUACAAUAAAGAAAGACGG